UGUCAAAGGAUACCUCGUCAAUUUUAGAAGAAGUGAUAUUGUGCAUGAUGGACAAUCUUGAUGAACAUUCAAAGCAAUAUGUCUGACAAUUUUGAUAAUUUUUUAACGAGCGUUAAAGAUGGUAGUGUAGAACAGGUCUCUAAAGAGGGCUCCUUUGGAAAUACUGAAGGAGUCGUUCAGCCUGAUCGUAGCGUUGAUAAUUCUAAAGAAAUGGGUGAUCGUCAAAGUGGCAAUGACGAGAUUUCUGAAGAUUCUAACAACGGAGGGACGGAAAAUGCGAGAGCAAACAACGUUGCACCUCAACAAUCGGAUGAGGUAGAAGAAAUUAGAACAGAAGGAUCAGCCGACGAUAUGGAUCUCGAUGAAACAAUCGAUUCACAUAUAGACGUAAGAAUGGAGACUGAGAGGCAACAUAUCCAAUCUCUUCCCUCUGACGACAAUGAAGAGGAAGAAGAUGAGGAGGACGAUAUAGGAAUUGAAUCCGUCAACAUACUGGAUACAUUACCUUUGGAAGGUGCACCCAUAGAAGGUCAAGAAGUAACAGAAGCAGAUUUACUAGGUAAAAUGAACGAUGACGAAGAUGAAGAUGACAAGUCGCUCUCUCGAUCUGGCGAGGAAGACGGCCACGAUGUUAAAAAGCGACGAACAGAUGUCAAUGACGAUUUGGAUUCAACAAAGAAAAAGCAGAAAAAAGACGAAGGUCAUGAAAAUUCUUCCGAAUUAGAUUCCAAAAUGGAUAAAAAACUAUCCAACAUGAGGCGAAAUAUAAGAGAAGUAAUGGACGAAACGCAACUAGACGAGGCGACUCUUUCAGCUCAAAGACAAGAAAUGGAGCGUUUGCAGCGUCUUCAAGAACAGCAAAGGAUCAUCAGAGAGUCGCAGGCUCGCUUGCCAAGUUCCGUAAUGUUGAAAGUCAACUCAAGCGUGGCAGCUGGAAGUCAGUCAUCAGUUAGUCUACAGACACAAGUCGGGCAACGUCGUCCGAUGGGCGAGGGUUCCCGCUUUCAGCGCGGAGGUAGGACUGGCCAACCAACGUCACUCUCACGACCGCCGGGUCGUCCUAGUCAAGCCAAUGCACUGCAGCAGCGAAUCCGCAUGAUGACCCCGUCAGUCAGCAUCUCGCCAGUCGUUCCAAAGAAGGAGCCGAUCGAGCAUCUCGAGUACUACACGGAUUCGGAUCUUUCGGAUGUUGAGGCUGAGAUUGAAGAUGAGGAAAUGUUUCACGAAAAACAAAUGCAACAGGCACGCAAGCUUGCCGGGGCACCGAAAGCCAAAGGCAAGGACGUAGUAACGAUAUCUAGCUCGAGUGAGAGUUCUGAUGAUGAUUGUAUUGUUUUGAGCGACCCAAGCGAAACGGAAGAAACAGAUAAUGAAGAUGAUCCCUCUAAUUCUGGUAUGCACACAACCGAUCGUUAUAACAUUCCCGAUGAUCAGGGCAGAGUAAUAGUGAAUGUAGGACAUCCGAAAAAUGAACCUGACGUCUUUUUAGCGCCACAAGUAGCGCGAAUAAUCAAGCCUCAUCAGAUUGGUGGCAUUCGCUUUUUGUACGAUAAUAUCGUGGAGAGCAUUGAAAGGUACAAAACGAGUUCAGGUUUUGGCUGCAUUCUAGCUCACAGCAUGGGUUUGGGGAAAACUUUACAAGUGGCCAGUUUUUGCGACAUUUUUUUUCGUUGCACCGAUGCUAAAACAGUGUUGUGUAUCAUGCCCAUUAAUACAUUGCAAAAUUGGUUGGCUGAAUUCAACAUGUGGUUACCUUAUGAAGCCACUGAUAUAGAAAUAAGGCCGAGACAUUUUCAGUUGCACAUUUUAAAUGACUCGCAUAAAACUAUGGCAGCUCGGGCUCGCGUGAUUCGGGAAUGGCAGAAAAUCGGUGGAGUGUUGCUCAUUGGUUACGAGUUGUACAGGCAAUUAUCUUUGAAAAAGCCAAACAAAGCUAAACGAAAACGUGGCCAGCCGCAACUCUUUAAAGAUCCAUCAAACGAUGUUGAAGAAGAAGACAAGAAUAAGCCGCUGCUUGACGAAAUGCAUACAGCUCUUGUAAAUCCAGGACCCGACUUGGUUAUUUGCGACGAAGGACAUCGAAUCAAAAACUCUCACGCCAGCAUUAGCUUAGCAUUAAAGCAGAUGCGGACAAAGCGUCGUGUCGUUCUCACUGGUUAUCCGCUGCAGAACAAUUUGCUGGAAUAUUGGUGCAUGGUGGACUUUGUGAGGCCAAAUUAUUUAGGAACAAAGAGCGAGUUUUGUAACAUGUUUGAGCGUCCUAUUCAAAAUGGUCAAUGUAUAGAUUCGACCCCCCAGGAUAUAAGAUUGAUGCGAUACCGCGCUCACGUGCUUCAUGAUCUUCUUCAAGGAUUUGUGCAACGUCGAUCACAUUCCGUGCUUCAAGUUUCUCUUCCGCGCAAAGAGGAGUACAUUCUUUUGGUUCGAAUGACGCCGUUUCAACGCAAGCUUUAUGACACUUUUAUGAACCAAGUGGUUAAGACUCGAGCGGUGCCGAACCCCCUCAAAGCCUUUGCCGUGUGCUGUAAGAUCUGGAAUCAUCCAGAUGUUUUGUAUCACUUUUUGAAAAAACGACAGGCAAACGAAGAGGAUGACUUGGAUCUUGAAGAGACGAUGGGUGAUAAAACACCAAAUGCAGGCGCAAAACGUGGAAAUAAACCUAGAGCUCUCAAGGGUGAGGGUAAAAAGGGCAAAAAGGCGAUUGCGAAAAAUAAAACAACUGCCAUUGCAGAAUCUUAUGCAUCAGCUGCAUCAAGUGAAAAUUUGGAAAGUGAUGCUAUGAAAUCGCAAAAUUAUACAAACUUUGGAGCACCUGCCCAGCCUUCAGCCAUGACUAGUAAUCAAGCUUUUUCGAAUCCACCUGUGCAAAACACUUAUUUGCAACAGCAGCAGCAGCAGCAACAACCACCACCGCAACACACUGGUUAUCAAAAUUACCCACAGCAGCAACAGACGGGCAAUUAUCAUGCCAAUGAGUACAAUUAUUAUGGUAAUCAAAAUCAGUCUGCACCACAAAAGUUCCCGGCAACGGAAAGUCAAAAUUAUUCUCAGUAUAAUCAAAAUCCCAGCUACCCCUCAGAUAAUCAAACGCUGCAACAACCGCAACAGCAACAGCAGCAGUAUCAAGGACAGCAAAAUUAUAACGUGUCGUCAAAUGAUACUUCUGCUCCCGCGAUCAGUGGUCAGCCCCAGAGGUUUCCUGGACCUUCGCCUACAGGUCCUAGUACACCUACCAACACGUCUACAAAUUUCCGGCCAGAUCAGAGUCAGCAGAUAGGAAAUACGGCAACAGCUGAGGGCUUUUCUCGUUCCAACUAUUCUUUUCAAGAGCAGGAUAGGAACUAUUCGCAAAAUUUCAGUCAAGGAUCAAAUUAUUCGCAAGGGUCGCAUCAACAGCAGCAACCUAAUUUCCAAUCACACGCCCAACCAUCAGGUCAAAUGGCUAUGUCUGAAUACAACCCUUAUCCACCUUCAAACCAGAAUCAAAAUUACAGCAACGUGAACUCUCAACAAAUGCAAAACAAUAGUGUGAACUACACAAGCAAUCAGCAACUGAAUCAAAAUUCAAAUACAGCUACUGGAUACAUGAGUAAUCAACAGCAGCAAUCUUCGAGCGCAUCUCUAUCCAAUGUUUCAGGGUAUCCCCAAAAUCAACAUCAACACAUGCCCAAUCCUUCAAUUCAAAACUCAUCUCAGCAGUCUUACUCCAGCUUAGCUACGCAAUCAAAUCAAAAUGUUCCUCCUAUGCAGAACCAGUCUCAUUCUUAUCCUCAUCAACAACAACAACAAACUAAUCAUCAGCAACAACCUUAUGCUCAGUCAAGUCAGAUCAAAGGCUACCAAAACAUGUCACAAACAACUUCGCCAAAUUAUGGGCAAAUGUCUGCUAAUUCGAAUCAACCCAACCAAUCAAUUUAUCCAAAUAAUAUGCACCAGCAGUCCCAACAGUCUCAGCAACAGCAAUCGCAGCAUCAACAGCCGCAGCAAAAUGCUUAUGGUCAACCAGUACCUGGAUUUUCGCAACCAUCUCAGCAGACUCAACAAGCUCCAACGGGACAAAUAAAUUACAACACAAGCCAAGCAGGUGUUACAUCGCAUUCUUCACAAGCAUCUCAUGGAUACCAAACAAACACCCAACAAAGCCAGACUAGCCAACUCACUCAAAAUCAAGCUCUUAAUUAUCCUAAAAAUUCACAAAUUCCUAAUCAAGGAGGAAAAAAUAUCGGUCAGAAUGAUCAACAACAACAACAGCACAGCUACCCUCGCUCUGAUUCUCAGAGUACGCAAAAUCAUGGUAGUAAUUAUCCUAUGACUCCCAGCACUCCUAGUUUUGCAUCGCCCACUGCCCAAUUGCCUGUUUCGAAUCAAGCAGCAACAAAUCAACAACAACAACAAGCACCAUCGCAAAGCCAAGAUCCGUAUUGGCAACAAAAUUAUCAAAACUCCAACGAUCCAUACUACAGUAAUCCUAAUUCUCAAAACCAAUAUCAAGGCAACUACCAAGAACAUACUGCCACGGCUGAAAAUUAUUCCGAAAAUCAACAAAAUCAACAACAGAAUCAACAAAAUCAGCAGUAUCAAAAUUUUUCCACCAACACUGUUACGAAUUCCAAGUCGACGGUGCAAUCAGUGCCUGGGCAGCAAUUUCAGCAUCAGGCGGCAACAAACACCGCUAAUGCAUUGCAGAGUAAACCAAAUCAACCUCAACUUCAAUCAAGUGAUAAUGUACCAGCACCAGUACCUGCUUCCAAUAAUCCAUCAGGUGCUACGACUGAAAGUAUCCCUGAAAACACUCAGAAUCUCAACGAGUCGUCUAAACUUGACGAUGAUAAAAACAACGAUGGAUCAGUGGAUAAGGAUAAAAGUAAAGAAGACAAAUCUGAUGACGAGUACAUACUAAAGGAUGAAAUUGAAAAGGAUAAAAACGCUCCUGGUGGAAUAGCUGCAGCAAUCGCCAACACAAAGGAACUAGACGCGCGUAUCCCAUACGAUUGGGCUAUUGAUUUGAUGAAAGGUUACAUACCGGGUUUGAUUACCGCCUCCGCCAAAAUGACAUUGUUUUUCUGCAUCCUUGAAGAGGCCAUAAGCAUGGGAGAUCGCAUUCUUACUUUUUCCCAGUCUCUUUUUACAUUAAACCUGAUCGAGGACUUUUUGGCUAAGAAUCCAUUUAAAUUGUCAGAUGGUCAGAGAGAAAGCUGGAUGAAAAAUGUCAAUUAUUACCGGCUAGAUGGAAGUACCACUGCCCUAGAGCGAGAAAAAUUAAUCAAUGAAUUUAACGUGAAUAAAAAGGUUCAUCUCUUCCUGGUAUCAACGCGAGCUGGUUCUUUGGGAAUAAAUCUCGUCGGAGCAAACAGAGCUAUUGUAUUUGAUGCCUCCUGGAAUCCAUGUCACGAUACGCAAGCCGUUUGUAGAGUCUAUCGGUACGGUCAGCAAAAAAAUUGCUACGUUUAUCGUUUGGUCACUGACAACUGUUUAGAGAGAAAGAUUUACGAUAGACAGAUCAGCAAACAGGGAAUGGCCGAUCGUGUGGUCGAUCAGUGCAAUCCUGACGCUCACUUAUCAUUGAAAGAAGCGACGACGCUUUCUUGGGAUUGGGAAGAGGACAGUCAGGUGCAGGACUUUUCAGAGUGUAAGGAUAAAUAUUCGGACGAAGUAAUGCAUACAGUAUUAGACAAGCAUUCAUCUCUAUUUACGAAAGAGCCUUUCCACCACGAAAGUUUGCUCGUUGAUCGCAAGGAGAAGAAGCUCAGUCAAGCAGAGAAAAGACUAGCAAGAAGAGGCUAUGAAUUAGAAAAAAUGGCAGCUACUUGCGCAAGACCAAGUUACAACUAUGUUCCAGGCAAUACAGCAGCUAGAGUGUCUGUGUCAGCUGGAAGUCUGCAGAUUAGACAGAUUCGCGGCGAUAAUGGCGGACCGGCACCUAAACCCGUUGCCUCUGUGAGGCCAAUGCAACAGCGCGGCAUAGACAAUAUCGGUAGAAAUCCGAGCGGAAGUAGAUGGAUCCCGGCCGAAGUUUGGCAGAGGCAAGGCAUGAGCGCGCAAGAGAUGACCUUGCCCCUAGAUGUUGUGAUACCCACCAAUUCCCCGGAUAAGGGUAGUAUCGUUUUAAAAGCUGGCCAAAGAGUCAUGGUUCUUAAGAGUCCCAAGGGCAUUUACAUGCAAUUGGAGUCUGGAAAAAUCAUCGCUAUCAGAACUGCUUUGAAAAUAAACCAGCAAAAGAAAGAAGAAGAGCCUAAAAAAAGUAUAACACCAGUACCGCAACGAAGUGCAGUGAACAAAUCGGAAAUUGGCUUCCCGCUUCGUAACAACUCUGCGAUUUCGAUAAUUCCAAAGUCUACUCCAUCAAUCCCACCGGUGCAACAAAAUCGUACACCAAUCAGGACUGGUGUUAAUUACCGUCCAUUUGGCGAAAAGGAGGUUGCCAAGCGAACAAAAAACGUGGCCACUGCGGCAGCGAAGCCCUACACGAAUCAAAUCAACACGAACCAGGUGUCUUUAUCCAAGAUAAACAAAUCGAAAUUAGACAAUCCGAGCGAUGUCAGCUCGAUGGGCGAAAACUCAAACUCCUCGGAUGGUCACAGAAUGCGAACAGAUCAGAGGGUCGAAGAAGUUCACAUAGACGAUGUGGUUGCAGAGACCGGCUCGAACUCGGAUUACAGUCCAUCGAGCCGGCCGUCCAAUUCGGACACGGACUCAAACUUGCAGAGACCAACAUCGGCAAACAAGACAUCUUUCGGCUACCCCAUGGACAAUUCGCCGGCGAGAUCGCAGGGCAUGAGAACACCGCAAGAUCGCGACUAUUACGCGCCUGAUCCAAAAACUCAGGCACCAAAGAAAUUCACUGAUUUUAGUAGAACUCUGGACCAAAAGAAAGCGGACGGUAGUGACGACGUUAUCAUCGAAAACACAGUGCAACACCAACAGCAGCAACAGCUACAUCUCCAGCAUCAGCCAUACCUUCAUCCUCAUCCACAAAAUCAGCCACAAUCUCAGCCUCAGUCUCAUUUGCAUCAACAACCGCAUCUGCAGCAGCAGCAGCAGCAUCAAGUGAUUCCUCCAGCGGUGCAACCAAUGCCUCAACAAACGCACAACAUCAGCCGACCGCAGUCCCGUCAGUAUCACAGCGCCAGUAGCACACCCCGAGUGACGCCGGAUCCCGUUAUCGACAGCAGCAAGAGCUUCGGCACGAGUCCCGCACCAAACGUACCUGCCCCCGUAUCGACGCUUCCGGCUCAGCUGCCAAGGCCGAAACCCGUGGAAACUAGCGUCAAUAGCGUGCCCCUUCGUGAAUCAACAGUCCCAGGGGAAUCCAACUCCGGGUUACCUCAGGGCUAUCCGUAUUCACAAUACUCAAGGUACUACGACUACGGAGACCCCAGAGCGAGACCCAUAGCUGAUCCGUACGGCCCGUACUACCCGCCAGCCGCAGCAUCGGUAACGUCAACGACUGCACCGCCGCAGUCUCACCCACAGGCUGGUUUGCCUAGAGUUACGCCCGAGACCAAUUCAGCUCCGGUCGCACAACCUAAGCCGAUACUUGUGGAGCAAGUGCCGAAACCGAUAAGCGAGACCUCGGCUUACUCUAGGACUCCGAUCCCACAGAAGAGUAGCGUUGCGUCGGAGGUCGUUCAAUCGGCAUUAGCGAAGCCCAUCGAAGGCAACACACAUGGUACUGGGGCCGCUGCUGGGAGCACUGUCUCGACUAACGUCAGGGAUGAGGUACACGCUCCCACUGCUUUCAGUCACCCGUCUAGCGUGAGAUCGGCGUAUUCGAGCCCGUAUCCGCCGGCUCCGUAUGAUCCGUACUCUCAACAUUACCCACCGGCGCCCGCCAGUUCCGCGGCUUAUGCACCAGGAGCAACGCCCGGUUAUCCGGCAUACGGAGGCCCAUCGUAUAAUGCUGAUUACGCACGUAUGUAUUCAGCUUUUCACGGGCCGGCGCCGCCAGCCGUCGAUCCGUAUCGAAAUUACGCGCCACCGCCGGCGUCGCAUCCUUCCAGCUACUCGUAUCCUCCCUUUCCUCAUCCGCCGCCUCCACCUUAUCCCAAUUAUUCUUUUUUGCCGCCCUACGCUAAUCCAAAUGUGCCUACUGACCCUCAGCCACCCGCGCAGUAGGCCAGCGUUUUUGCUAAUCAGUAGGCAAGUAUUGAGAAGAGCGUUAUUGGGUAUCGUGAC